GCUCAUCUUUGCAUGGUAGCGGGGGUUGGCUCGGGGUGGAAUUCUUUUUUUGUCGCGGAACGUGACUUCCAACUCCGUGCAAAGUUGUUGAGGUUUCCUGGGGAUUUGUUCCACCCGAGGGUUUGCCUGACAUUGCACCGAAGGCAGCUCGGUAGUAACCAGCCGUAUUUGUUGUUCGAUAGCAUUAUGCUUACUGGAAAAUUAGCUGGACAUUUGGGAGUCUGCACCAUGUUUGAAAAAGUUUGAGCGCCCGUCAUGUGUUAAGUGCGAAUAUGCAUUUUGAGGAGGAACUGAUAGAACUGCCCCAACUUUUGAUCAACAGUAAAAUUCAAGGUCUUAACUAUAUUUGGAACUGCUCAGAGGUGUUAAAUGUCUGUGAGAAAUGGAUAAAGUGUUGGUGGAUAGAGUGCCAGUCUUCAAUCAUUGGAGCACUGCACAUCCUGAAGAAACAAAAUCAGAUUCACAGUCUGUCAAGAUAAUCCGUGGACCUUUUGUGAGUGAAAGGAAGGCAUUUUUUGAAUCUCAAAUGAAACUACCGGGUACAAAGGAACAAGCAAAUUGUGGCAGAAUCCCAAUGACAUUGAAAGUCUGCAAACCGAAAACGGCUGCUACCAGUGUUGUGGAAAGCGUCCAAGGCCCAUGUAAUUUUUUGAAGUCAGAGGGGUGCAACAGAUGUCCAAAUCAGAAUGCCACAGAGAAAUCCUGCCUUAGAUCCUCUCCUGUUAAAGAGAAAAGAAGACAACUGAUUGGUCUCUAUCAGGCCAUUUGUGAAAAAGUUCGACAGUCACCAUAUGACUUGAGGCAAAACAUUUUGGAAGAUCGUAAGGAAAAGACAUCUUCAAGCCUACAAGACCGACUGCGGUGUUUGCUCAUUGAGGAAUCUAAUAGUCAGGAAAAGAAAGAAUUAAGAUCCAAAUGGCAAAAUCUGGAACCAGAUGAUCACAGUUUUGAUUCCACGUCAGAGCAUCAUCUGUCUUUAAAACCCUUGAAGAAAUAUCAGAGAUCAGCAUUUCUGGACUCUGAGAGUGCCGUUAAUUGUUUGAGAACCAACAACAUUCCAAGAGCCCCUGGGGUUGUCAGUUCUUGGCAAAGGAGCUUACCCCUUGAUAAAGCACACGGACAAUCAAUUCUGAACAGCACUACAAACAAUGAAUUCCAGCCGAACCACAGAGAUAUUUUCAGCAGAAAUGUCUGGGAAAAUCCAGCAAAUGAGCACUAUUUAACAUAUUAUGCAAAUCAAGAUUUUUCAACAGGAAAACCUGUAAAUUCAGAAAUUGCAAAUAAACUCACUGCAGCCCACUGGCUGACUGACCCUGUUAUUGACCCACAGUCUGACAUAAGGAUUGGUUUCUCAACUCACUCUGCGGCUUCAGAGGGUGAUUCAGCAUUGCCAGAUAAAAUCAAUUCUCUUCAUUACUCUGCCAACCAAAGAGUGUCACAUUUGGCAAAAUAUUGUGAAGUUAAUUGUGACCAAGAGCCUAAAGGAAAGGUGCGUCCUGAAAAAAUGCCAUUGAAUAAACUGUUACUUCAGGAAAAUCCACAACAUGACCCUGUUCCAUUUCCUGUCUUUCCGGUGAAAAUCCCAGUUAUAAACCAGACCUGCAAACUGCAAGAAGAUCCAGCUGCGUCUGGACUACAGUUCACUGUCGAAAUCGAUCGUUUGGAGAAAAGGCCAGGCCAAUCAGAUCCUUCUCUUGUACUAUGUUCACCACAAAAACUAAAAACAACAUCUCUUAUCCAUCACGAAUUAAUGAAUUCAGAGACGGGUGCAGCCGAUGAUGAUAUUCAAAGCCAAAGUGACAAUAGUACAGAAGAGAGCAAGGCAAAAAUUCAGUUCAAGUCAAUGUCCUUAACCAAACUCAAUGAUGAUGGCGCACAAGAAUUUGAUAUUUCCUAUCUAAACUCACUGGCUCAAGCGUCAAACAGUGACUUGGUAUCCUCUGGAUCCACAACCAUGUCACAAAUGGAAGAUAUCAAACAACUUCUGCAAUCCCUGGAAGCAUAUUACCAGAAACUUGUUGCACUUCUUUCGAGGGAUAGCAGGACACCACCGACACAUCGAAGGCUAAAGCAGAAAGGACUGAGCACAGUGAAAAAUGGCAAACUGUGGGCACAGCUGAAAUCACAGCAGCAGAAAGAUAUUUGUACACUGCAAAGAAAGUUUGCUCACCUGGAAGCCCACAUACUGCUGCUGGUUCGAAAUAUUGCUCAAUUGACUGAAGAGAUUGGCUCCCAGAAUGCCCUGAUACAAAAAAUACUUUCAUUCCAACUUGAAAUUAAAAAAGCACAGCAAGCUUGCAAUGAAGAAGUUGGGGACCCGAAUGGAUUAUCUAUGAAACAGGAUUCACCCAGUGUUUCACAGUGUCCAUUGUAUUGUGGAGAAAGGCCUUCAAUCAUGAUGAUAUUUCUGAAGAAAUUAGGAUAUGAGCACUUCGCUCCAUUGUUUGAAAAUGCUGGCAUCAGUUUCACAGAGCUUCCUUACUUGGAUGAGAAUAAUCUGGAAAAACUCGGCAUCCCCACAGAAGCAAGGAUUCAUAUUCUUCGAGAGGUCAGAUGUACCACUUACGUAUGAGUAACAUGUACAACUCGCAUCAAUUUUCUCCUCGCAUUUCCACAAAGUGCCUUCAAAUUUUGGAUGAAUUAAAGUUAAUUAAUAAAACCAUGAGAUUUCUCAUAACACUCCUGUCACAAAAAGUGUUGACAUUUCUGGUUUUCCUUAAAUUUGACACACACAUGCUGACCAAUGUUCAUGAUGU